AUGUCUUUGAUUAGCACUGAGAACGAUCUUUCUGCAAGUAGUAUGGAGUUUUUGCUGCAAAGAUCGGCGAAACGUACAAGAGCGAUGUUUCAAUCUGGAACUGCGGAAAGCUCGCUUUUAGAUGACGAAAGUCAAAAAAUUAGGUUACGCAUAAAAAUUCACGAUGAAUAUGACGACGUAAAAGAAUUACCAAAAGCUUUAUUAGCCCAACAAAGUGCGGGACAAAAAAGAACUGCACCGACACCAGGAGAUAUUGAUCCUAAUAACACAAACGGAAAUGCCGAACAGAUGCAAAUUGAUAACGAUCAUCUUCCUCAAAUUACUGGUGGACAUCCCUACCCUAUGACACCCGGUGUUACGCUUAAUAGUAGCGAUGCGACGGAAGGUCAAAUAUCAGAUAACAACAUACAAAAAUUAAUAGAAAACCUUCCCCCUUCUCGAGCUCAGCAAGAAGCCGCAAAAACUUCACAUGGUGUAGUUGCAAUUCGUCAAAGAGCCGGGAUCAACGCUACACCUGAAGCUACAUCUGGUUCACUGAUAAGGCGUCAAAUACCACGUGCUACUCGACCAGAAUGGCAUUCUCCUUGGAAAUUGAUGAGAGUUAUUAGUGGACACUUAGGUUGGGUACGUUCUAUUGCUGUGGAGCCUGGGAACAAAUGGUUUGUAACCGGUGCUGGUGAUAGAACUAUUAAGAUAUGGGACCUUGCGUCAGGUACUUUAAAACUCACCCUUACGGGUCAUAUUUCCACCGUCCGUGGUCUUGCCGUAUCUCCGCGUCAUCCAUAUUUAUUUUCGUGUGGUGAAGACAAAAUGGUUAAAUGUUGGGAUCUUGAACAAAAUAAGGUUAUCCGACAUUAUCAUGGCCAUUUAUCAGGUGUUUAUUCUUUAAGUUUACAUCCUACCUUGGAUGUUUUGGCUACCGCUGGAAGGGAUGCUACUGCAAGAAUGUGGGACAUGAGAACCAAACAAUGUAUUCAUGUUCUUAGCGGUCAUAACACUACUGUAGCUGAUGUAAAAUGCCAGGAAGCUGAUCCUCAAGUCCUUACGGGUUCAAUGGAUUCUACAAUUAGACUUUGGGAUCUUGCUGCUGGUAAAACGCUGACUACACUUACGCAUCACAAAAAGUCUGUCAGAGCAUUGGCAUUGCAUCCAUCAGAAUUUACUUUUGCUAGUGGUAGUGCUGAUAAUAUUAAACAAUGGAAAUGCCCCGAAGGAACCUUUAUGCAAAACUUUGAGGGACACCGUGCCAUUAUAAAUGCAUUGGCUAUUAAUGCCGACAAUGUUCUAUUCUCUGGAGCUGAUAAUGGUUCGAUGGCAUUUUGGGAUUGGAAAUCAGGAUAUAAAUUUCAGUCAAUGGAAACGACUGUACAACCUGGUUCAUUAGAAUCUGAAGCUGGAAUAUUUGCUUGCACAUUUGAUCGUUCAGGCUUGAGGUUGAUAACUUGUGAAGCCGAUAAGACCAUAAAAAUUUGGAGAGAAGAUCCCAAUGCUACUCCCGAAACGCAUCCUAUCGACUGGAAACCUUCAUUAAUUAGAACUAGAUAUUGA